AUGAGCAAAACUUACUUGAAGUCAUGGAAGGAGAAAAAAGAAAAGAGUCCAAAUUCUGUUCUCUCCUUCAAGCAGAGGCUGAGAAUAAAGCAGCAGAAGCAGGCGGAAAGGAGAGCUCUUCUUAGCAAGAUCAAGAUCUUGAAGACAAAGAAGAGGAACUUCCUAAGGGAGCGCCAGAAGCAAAGGGAGAUGAAGAAGCUGGAAAGCAUGGCCAAGCACUAA